AUGUUGAAACAUAUGGGUGCAGCGUACCAUGACAUAGACCCACAACCUAUGUGGGCUGGGCGAAUCCUACCAGCCGUCAAGUUGACGCGACCCAAGUUGGAUACUGACCGGCGGACAGGAAAAUGCGCAAGCCCGUAUCGAGGGAAGGUGGACGAACUUGAAAGCGGCCGAGUCAAGGCACCAGUGAAGCGGUGGUCACGUAUUGAUUGGGAACGACACUCGAAUAGCCCUGCUAAUAAAAUUACCGAAAUCACUUCAAUUCCGCAUAUUGAAGCCACUGCCUACUUCGCCCAGCUCAAUAUUGCAUCCGCGCACGGACCCCAAUUCAUUGGUCGAUGGAGGGUGCCUUGCCUCGGCAUCACUGUCAUUGGCGACCAAGUGACAUUCUAUGCAAUCAUUCUUCUCGGCCACCAAUAUCGGCUCAUCAGUCUCACCCCCACCCUGUCAUGUCUUCGUUCGGCGUCGGACUUGACUGACCGCACCAGCCUCUACCGCGCGUUUGCCGCUGCUUCUGUUCUCGAUAUGCGGAUCUUCGAAGACCGUUCCGACUCACUCUUGCAAAUCUGCCGCCUCUGA